UCUUCCUGCCGUCAUGUGACAGUCUGACAUCACAGGAAACCGUCCAAUUAUACGACAGCUGUGCAGACAGCUACGAACAGUCCUUCCACAUGAUGAGCUACAACGCUCCACAGCUGGCCGUCGACUUCCUGAACGCUCACUUCCUCCCCAGCAGGGAGGACGCACUGGUGCUGGACGUGGCCUGUGGGUCCGGACUGGUGGCUAAACUGAUGUCUGAGUUGGGCUUUAAGCUGUUUGUAGGAGUCGACGGCAGUAAAGGAAUGUUGGAGCAGGCUGGUGUUACUGGUCUCUAUCAGGACCUCAGACUGGCUUUACUGGGAAAACAACCUCUGCCUGCUCAGCCCGGCCGGUUUGACGUGGUGAUCAUCGUGGGAGCUUUAGGAGUUGGCUUUGCUCCGGUCAGCAUCAUCAGAGAGCUCUGCCAAGCUGCCAAACCAGGAGGUUACGUGUGCAUGGCGAGGGGCCAGCACACGGGCCCGGCAGCAUCCAGGUACCAGCAGGUUCUGGAGGAGGAGCUGCAGAGGAUGGAGGAGGAAGGACUGUGGAGGAGAGCAGGAGUCCAGCUGACCGACCGCUACAUGAAGGAGCCGCCUAGUGUCUGCGGGAAAGAGCAGAGUCACUUCAUCAGUGGCUGUGUUUACCUUUACCAGAAGACCCCUGACCCCUGACCUCUGACCCCUGACCUCUGACCCCUGACCUCUGACGCCUGACCCCUGACCCCUGACCUCUGACCCCUGACCCCUGACCUCUGACGCCUGACCCCUGACGCCUGACCCCUGACCUCUGACCUCUGACCCCUGACCUCUGACGCCUGACCCCUGACCUCUGACGCCUGACCCCUGACGCCUGACCCCUGACCUCUGACCUCUGACCCCUGACCUCUGACGCCUGACCCCUGACCUCUGACCUCUGACGCCUGACCCCUGACGCCUGACCCCUGACCUCUGACCCCUGACC